AUGGAGCACCUCGCGCGCGACCCGGCUCAUCGAACUCGGGUAUACCACCUCAUGGCCGAAGGGAUGACUUUCAAGGUCACAGUCGCUCUCCGUGCAAGAAUGGUGGAGAAGUGGGUCCACGCCGUGAAGAGGGAUUAUCUCGACAACGCACCAAUCAAGUGCGUCGGCUUGGACUGCGAGUUCACCAACCCUCGCGAGGGUGAUCAGCGCGCCGCCAUCCUUCAACUCUCACUGGCGUCCGAGAAUUUGGACAAGACCAUGAGAUUCUGCGGCGCGGCUAUCGGCAAGGGUGUGGAGAUGUUGAGUCCCUACGAUAUUCAUAUUACUUCUGCGUUCGACCUUCAUAAGAUACUCCCGAAUCCCAGAAAUAAUCACAUUCUGAGUCUAUAUGAUCCGGCGAAUUCUAUCAUUGGGACAAAUCUUGAGAAGAAGAAGAAGAGGAAAAGUACAAGAAGAAGGAGGCCGCGCAAGAAAAAGAAGAUGAACUGA